GGUCUUUUUGGGGCGCAAUCAUAUUCACUUCUUUGUUGAAGGAAAGGCCUUUCCAAGGCAUCGUUGAAAGAUUUUUGGGUAGGAUUCGUUCCUUCGGCUUACCAGAAAGGAACGGCAAGCGUAAUUAGCGGUUGCCCACCAAGCCCACCAAUCAUUUUCUCUCCUCCGUCUCUCCGCAUAAUUUAUCUCCUUUCCACAGUUUGUCGGCCAUAUAUUCGAGGAAUUGUCGCCGUGAAGGGGCUGAUAUUGCAGAUAGACCUGGUGUAUGCUAGUUUCGUUGGGGGGUUCUGCUAAUGCAAUUGCACAAUUUGUUCCUCUGUCUAAGACAAGAAGACUUGUUUUUAACUUCCCAUCCAUGAGAGUGAAUUCAUGUUUUGAGGAGAAUAUGGCUCCAGAGAGCGAUCACCCGUGUCCACCUUCGUCGUUCGAAGCUAAUUAUGAAAAGGGAAAUUUGGUGCUAACAGCUGAAGAAAAGGGGGAGGCUCAGAUGAACCUGAGGCAACUGACGAUCGGAAAACCUCCUAGACACUGCAUGAGCUCCUCCCAGUUGUCUUCUGCCAGUGAAUUGGAAUUGGAUAUCAGAGUAGUUACUGUAAGGCCAUCAUCAGAUGAAGAUCCUCCUUUUGUACCGGUAUUCCGCUCUGGAAGCUGUUCUGACAUUGGGCCAAAGCAAUCUAUGGAGGAUGAGCACAUCUGUAUAGACAACCUUCGCGAACAUUUAGGUGCAGCUGCAGAAUUUCCUUGUCCUGGAGCCUUCUAUGGGGUGUUUGAUGGCCAUGGUGGUACCGAUGCAGCUUCAUUUGUCCGAGAGAACAUUCUGAGGUUUAUAGUCGAGGACACCCAUUUCCCUGACUGUGCGAAGAAGGCUAUCAAGAGUGCUUUCUUGAAAGCUGAUAGCGCAUUUGCCAAUGUAGGUUCUUUCGACAGUUCCUCUGGUACCACUGUUUUGACAGCCCUUAUUCGUGGAAGGACAAUGCUAAUAGCUAAUGCAGGGGACUGCAGGGCAGUGUUGGGGAAGCGUGGAAAGGCAAUUGAGCUGUCCAAAGACCAUAAACCCGAUUCUACAUCAGAGCGGCUCAGAAUCGAGGAACUCGGUGGUGUUGUUUAUGAUGGUUAUCUGAAUGGUGAUCUGUCUGUUGCACGGGCUAUUGGAGACUGGCACAUGAAAGGCCGUGAAGGCUCAUCUUCUCCUUUGACUGCAGAGCCGGAGCUGCAGGAGAUGGUGCUCUGUGAAGAGGACGAGUUCCUGAUUCUCGGCUGUGAUGGCUUGUGGGAUGUGAUGAGCAGCCAAUGUGCUGUCACAAUUGUGAGGAAGGAGCUAAUGAUUCACAACGAUCCUGAGAGGUGCUCGAGGGAAUUAAUUCGAGAGGCACUUAAUCGGGAAACGUGUGAUAAUCUGACGGUUGUAGUUGUAUGUUUUUCCCCCGAUCCACCGCCCCGGCUUGAGAUGCCAAAGUUCAAGAAAAGUAUAUCAGUGGAAGGUAUAUCUCUUCUUCAGGAUGCAUUGGAUAAUAAUAUGUGAUUGGGAGUAAAAUCGUAAUUCAUUCUUCACAAUUUAGAAGAGGAAGGAGCCCUACCGUGUCUCACGAAGAAAAAGGACCGCCGUUCCCGAUCGUUCCAUUGUAUAGCAGGUCAUCGAUGUCAGGCGAAAUAACAAAUGGUUGACGUUUAUAUGUAGCUUUGUGUACAUCUUAAGAUAGUAAGAUUUUGUCUAUGUUA